AUGCCCAUCUCAUAUCUACCAAACGAGAUCCUAGCGAUCAUCUUCACCUACUACAUACUCGCUUCCUGUCCGGCGCAGACACUCCAGCUCGUCUGCCGACGCUGGUACGCCGUCGCCAAAGAGACGCCGAUCCUCAAAAGUAGAAUCAUCUACUUGCCGCAGAGUAAUCGAAGACCCAUAGGUUUAUUUUCCGAAUUUAAGGCCAGAUGCGCCUCUCCAUUAAGCACGGUGCACGCAAUAGAGCAGCUCAACGGAGGAACUUUCGAGUUCACCUACGUUUCUCUUUCAAUGAGAAAUAAACUUGAAGAUGCACCAUUACCGCUGGAGUCUAGGCCAGGAUUCGAACUCUGGACUACAUUUUCGCGGCAAUGCACGAAAUUGCAUCUGCGUCUCCGAAAUUAUAAUACUCACUGGCUAUAUCUCUUCCCUCCCUUUCACGCCCUUACCCAUCUCGACAUCAUCAACCCAAACAACGGCGUCAUCUCCACUAUGCUUGCCCAGGUCGACAGGGGAUGUCCCCUUGUCUCUCUCACCAUUAUAGGGAUGAGAGAUGCUGCACUCGUCGACUUUGGGACAAUCUUGCAUAGAUUAAAGAGACUUUACGUCCACACGACGCGAAACACCGCCCUCCGCCUCGACAAGCUCCUACCCUCAUUGGGGGUAAUGUUCAACUUGCCCAAACACGACAUCUUGCCGAACCUCACCACCCUCGAGGCUCCAGGAUCAUUUGUCGCUCUGCUGCCACCGUUCGUCUUAAAACGCAUCAGACGCCUAGAGGUUCUCCCACCGUCUGCAUUUCCCUUCGAUCUUGGUUCGAACGAGACUGGAGGCUCGCUAAUUGUCCUUCCAGGCCUGGUACAUUUGACGGUCAACGAAAAUGAGAUCGACAGACUCUAUCAAAUAAACUAUGGGCUUACGCGCCUUCGACCCAGCGUCCUCCGGAUGACAGGACUACGCUCCGUUCACAUUCUUCUGUCACUCGUGGACGACUCGAAGCAUAUUAUUGCACCAUUUUCAAAUGUCGAGGAGCUCUAUGUCGAGUUUGAAUCAUCGAAUGAGGCUGAGGGGGCGUUUAUACCGGCAUUAGCCAAACCAAUUUUGCCCCAGUUAAAGCACUUGGUCAUAACUCUGCCAGAGGGCAACGAAGACAUGGUCAAGAGAUGUUCGCCGGAGAUACAGAGGGUGGCCGACCUACGCGUCGAGAUGGGCUUUGUGAUCAAUUCUGUCAACGAAAAUUCGACGGCGUACAUGCCUCCGAACAAUGCCUGUGGGUGCAACGUGGUUGCCUAUAACCUUAUGGCUGGCUGUGGGUGGUGUCAGAGUACUAUCCAAAUCCCGUGGUGGCUCACCGUCGACCAAUGGUCAGGCAACUGUACAGCCGUAGCCUACAACACUUUAUCCAUACCGCCAAGUCUGAACGUCGCCUCGUUGACCAUCCCGGAAUGGGCCAGGGCUUUACCGACUGGCACAACCUGGUCUCCGUCACAAGCGAGUAGAAUCGCCGUUGCUGCACUUUCUUCUACGUCUCUUCUCGCCUCGUCUAGUGGAUCGCGAUCGAGUAGUACACGUUCACCGACGCAGACACUAUCCGGUUUCAACAAUGGAAACUUUCAAGCUGCCCGGACUGGUCUAAGUGGUGCCCUUGUCGCCAUUAGUGCGUUUCCGCUCUGUCUGAUCCAAGUCCGGUCUCGCGUUGUUGCCAUCUAUUUCUUUCGUCAGAAAAAGCGAAUUGCAUGGUAUCGGCCAAUGGCAGAGUUUUAUCGACAGCAAAAAGGCGGUGGAUUUGGCUUCAACCCCGCAGCACCACUCAUUCAGAAUCCCAACUCGAACGGAUACUUCCCUCCUCAGAACAUGGGUGGACAAUAUGGGCAACAACCUCAACCAUGGAUCGUCCCCACUGGCGCACCAUCGACGGCGUCGACACCAUACAGUUCUACCCCGGCCAACAACAACGUUCCUUCAAAUGGAUACAUGCCUCCACCACCGGAGCACCAUUCCAACGCAUUCUCUGCUGCCUAUGGCACUACGACGGGGAGUAGCGGACACGGACACGCCAAUGGCACAGGUACGAAUCCGUUCACCACACCCGGUGCGAGCUCAAGCACGACCAAUGUCGUAAACGUCGCGGUUGGGGGAACGGCACAUACAGUGGCCCAGUAUCCCUCUCAGACCCCUCCAAAUGGCUAUGUCCCCCCAGCGGCCCCGUCGACUGUGGGUAGCUCGACGGGUGGUGCGAAUACCACGAGUAUCUACAGCACGUCCACGAGUCCGUAUGGUGGGAUGGUGACGAGUAUAUAUGGCUCAUCACCCAAUGCCCAUCCUCAUGCGGGUGCUGGCACCGGGCCAGGGACGUACGGAGCACCAGCCGGGAGCUCGCAGACACAAUACAUGGAAGAAAAAGAGGUAAAUGCACUCCUGCUUCAUCCCCAGCUCGAACGACUCACCCAUCUUUCACUCCACCUUGGCCAACGGCAAUUGAGUGUGCCUAUGGUGAAAUUAACCCUUCCUUCACUCAGAUUUCUUCAACUGGACUUUAAAUGGUCGCUCCUGGAUCCUGCCCGUAUCACGCAGGAACCAGAACUCAUUCCCUGGACGCUUCCGGCUCUCAGCACUCUUUCUCUCCAUGGAUAUGUCAACGAGAGAGUCUUUAGUCUAUUGGAACCCUUUCUCUUUCGACAUUCGUCCACUAUUGUCAACGUUCUCUGCGCCCUGGGCAGUACACGGCAGUACUCUAUACUGAGAUACUUCAACAAGUUGCAAAUGUAUGUCAUUAGCACUGCUUGGGUUAUGACCUCCCGUUAUGAAGACGAUAUUGUCCCAUCAUCUCAUCAAAUGCAGUACCAACCCCUUACGUUGCUCCUCAUGGACCCACACUUGCCUUCGCAUCAGGAUGUCAACUGGCUCAAACCAGCUCCGAAGAGUUUUGUGGAGAAGAUUAUCUCCGUCUCUCGGUACAGGGUUACUCGCGUCAUGCUAGACCGGCCAUGGAAUCAUAUUCGCAGUGACAUAGAAACACGCGGAGAAUUUGCCGCUGAUUUCAGAUUCAAAUUGAUGGUAUUCUUGACCGAGUUUCAGGAACUCGACGUUGCGGUUGUGGACUUACAUGGAGUCGAGAUGCCUCGAAAUAUGGAGAAUUGGCUCGAUGCCCAUUGA